AAUAAUUUAGCUGUCUAUAUCUAGAUCUUACGUGAGGGUCAGCUAAGGAGAGUUGCUAAUGUCUUUUAGAAAGUCACGGAGACCAUGUGAUUAAUAUACACAUAAUGAUUUUAAGACAUAUAGCACUAGCCCUUUGUAUUCUGCAAUAAUGAUACGAACGCUGUCUAAUGUUUCGGCCAGGACUGUUUUGCUGGGCAGACAGCCAAAGUCCGUUGAGUUCGUUGUGAGACAUCAACACAGCGGCUCAUAUGAUGUGGCGGUGGUUGGUGGCGGCAUCGUGGGUCUGGCCUCGGCAAGGGAGCUGAUCCUCAGACACCCAACACUAAGCUUUGCCCUGCUGGAGAAGGAGAAAGAGCUUUCAAUGCACCAGAGUGGCCACAACAGUGGUGUGAUCCACAGUGGCAUCUACUACACGCCAGGCUCUCUGAAAGCACGACUAUGUGUGAGGGGGGCUACAAUGGCCUAUGAGUACUGCCAGAAGAAGAACAUCCCCUACAAGAGGUGUGGGAAGCUGAUUGUAGCUACAGACCGUGAGGAGAUUCCCCGUCUGAAGGCUCUGUAUGAAAGAGGCAUGAAGAACAAUGUGCGAGACUUGACCAUCGUUGACGCCAAAGGCAUUAGAGAAAGAGAGCCAUUCUGCAGGGGUUUAAUGGCUCUUGACUCACCCUACACUGGCAUAGUCGACUGGCGGAGAGUUGGCCUCAGAUAUGGCAAGGAUUUCGAAGAAGCAGGGGGAAUCUUGACAACGGAGUUUGAGGCCACUGACAUCACUGUGGUGAGGGAGAGUCCUGCCAGGAGCUCAGAAGGUCUUAAAUACCCAAUUGCUAUUAGAAGCUCCAAGGGUGAUGAAGUGCGUUGUCGCUAUGUGUUGACAUGUGGGGGUCUGUACUCGGACCGGCUGUCUCAGAUCUCGGGUUGUAGUCCUGAGCCCCGCAUCGUGCCCUUCAGGGGGGACUACCUGGUGCUCAAGCCAGAGAAACGCUACCUGGUGAAGGGAAACGUCUAUCCGGUCCCAGACCCUCGUUUCCCAUUCCUGGGGGUUCACUUCACCCCACGUAUGGAUGGCAGCGUGUGGCUGGGCCCCAACGCCGUCCUGGCCUUCAAGCGCGAAGGCUACCAGCUCUACGACCUCAACAUCAGGGACCUCACGGAUGCACUGUCUUUUAGAGGUUUGCAGAAGCUGGUGAUGAAGAACAUAACGUAUGGUUUGGGUGAAAUGUACAGAGGGGUGUUCAUAGGGGCACAGGUGAAGCUCCUGCAGAAAUUCAUACCUGAGCUCUCUCUCAGCGAUGUAGUCCGGGGUCCAUCUGGAGUCCGUGCCCAGGCUCUGGACAGGGACGGGAACCUGGUGGAUGACUUUGUGUUUGAUGGGGGCACGGGGGACGUGGGCAGCCGGGUGCUGCACGUGCGCAACGCCCCCUCCCCUGCCGCUACCUCCUCACUCGCCAUCGCCGAGAUGGUCGCAGACGAGGUCGAGCACCGGUUCUCCCUCUAACACACACACACACACACACACACAGAUUAAGUCCCAAAAAGCACAUACACACAUGCGCACCUGUACUGGAUGAGGUCAGGAUGGCCGGUUGUCCCAUUUGCAUAGUGGGCCCCGUCCCAGCUUUCCAUCAACCCACUCCUCCACUGACACCUGACCUCAGCUUAAUCCUUACUCUCUCCUUUCCAUACCAUGUCACCCUAUAGGCCAGGCCCGAAUCGCUGCCCUCCAUAUUGCUUUCAUCUGUGGCCCAAUCCCAUUACACUCACAUUACAUCUCCAGGUACCAUCCGCCUGGUUUCCGCUGUGCCUCAGCAGUGCUGAUCUCACCGCCGUCUGGAUGGGAGCCAGCCGACACCCUAUGUCCUCUUUCGUCUAUACCGUGUUUGUACAGAUCAGUUCUCCUCCUGAAAGGGUAGAUAGGGUGGGGGGAUGGGGGCAAGAAGACUAUCGUCCCUAUCAUGAUUGAGAUUGGGUUCUGCUGUGUCUGGGCUUUGACAGACAACCGUGAUGGAUGCUGCUGGGGCUCUGUGAAUGUAAUCCCAGAACUUAAUUGACUCUUUGUCUAGCUUAUUAAUUGGGGGGCGAGCCUUACUGUUGAGGAAAUUGUGAAUUGAGAUGUUUAGUCCUUUUUGCCUCGGUUGAAGAUUCACUUCAAGUCUACACACAAACUCAAGGCAAGUUAUUACCUUUUUUUUCUAGAUUUCAGAUGGAUACUUUAUUGAUUCUGAGGGAAAGUUAGGUAUCCAGUAGCAUAUACAACACCUACAAAACACUAAUGCACACAAGAAUAACAAAAAACACAGGAAUUAACUGCUAGCCUAGCCACCAGUGCUGCUGCAGAGAGCUGUCACUGCAGUAUGUGCCAACGGAAGUAGUACAAAUGUAAGGAGUGCUAGAAUAUUUAUUACUGUAAAUAUGAUCAAAUACAAAUUUCAGAUAAAUAUAUAAACAGAUACAAAUUUUUGGGUGAGGGCUAAAAAAAUUGCCAGAAACCUAUAGUCCAGACGCCUAAUGAUGUGAAUGGGAAGCAACAGAGAGACAGCAUCAAGCCCAAUUGUCAGUUUCCAACACAAAGGUGCUUCUGUAAGAUGGUUUUCCGCUGUUUUUUUUUUUAUAUUAUUUUUUUUUAUAACAUAUUCAAAAGGCCUUAAACUCUCUUCAAAUGACACACUGCUCCGUUGGCUGUAUUGUUAGCAUGUAGAUGCUAUCUCUCUGUCUGCUUUGUUUUUUAAUCCCCUUGGCCCAUAUCAUCUGUUUAAAUUGAACUGAAUUAUUUAACUUUACCUAUUCAAAAAAUCUGCCACUAUUUUGAAUACAUUUGUUGAAUGUCAGCUGAAUCAACUGUGUCAAUAGAAAUAAAGAGGUAUAUUUUGUUGAAAUCAAGAUGUAAUCUAUCAUUAACUGUAGUGUUUAUAUCCAGCUAAAGAUUUUGCCGAAAUUCAAGACCUACAAUUACACUGUAAUUCUAAAAGAAAAGCAUGUUUCUUUUUCCUGGUAAGUCUAUAAACCUUGAUUCUUUAAGUGUUAAGUAUUUGUUAUAUAUGUUAUAUGUGUAUAAAAGCACUUCAACAUGCAACAAUAUAGAUAAAAUGCACAGGAAUGUUGGGAAACACUUUUCAUCGUGUGGUUGGAAUUAUAUUUGUUAUAUACUGUUAUAUCUGUAUAGGUUUUGUAAGUUCAGGUUUAUGCUUUACAUCUGUAGGCAUUUCCCCAAAGCUUUAUAAAAGUGCAGGUAUUGAAUGGUAAUGUUAAUUGAAAAGUAUGUCAUCCAUACAGUGGGUUGAAUGUGUUAAAUUACAAAAAUAUAUAUUUUUAUUGUAUUUUGAACGCAAUUUAAAAGUGUGUUUUUUCAGGUGCAGAGAAGGUAUUUGAUGGUGUCUUUUUUUGUUUUGUUAAUAUACUUGAAUAAAAAUAAAUAAAAAUAA